GCAAGGAAGAUCUAACAUUUGGAUCGUGGCGGUAUGUAAUACGGCUCGAAAUGGACUCGAUCCGGCUGUUUGACUUGCAAGAAACGUCGCAAGCGGUGCGAUGAAGCUAAACCUAGGUAAUUCUCCCCGGUGCUUCAAUGAGCGUAAUGGAGCUGACCAUUUGACGUAGCUGUCGUAGUUGUGUUAGGCUUGGGCUAACCUGUGAAGGCUAUGGCUCAAUGUGGGCAGAGCCACUCAAACCAUCCGCAGAUAUUUUCCAGCAGGUUGUGCCACCAAAGCGACGACGAGUUAGCCCGUCGCCUUCCCUAUCUGCCAGCUUCCCGGCGGCACCAGCAGAACAACUCUCGCCCAAUUCAACUGUGUUCUCGGGCUAUACUACUGGUCCAUCAACUCCGUCAGAUCACGGCGCAACUGAGAUAUGCACCCCACGAGAUGAAGAUAAUGACUCUCAUGGAAACGACGAUAUAGCGCUUGGUGUUACUCACUCUGAGAACUGUACUAUUGUUGUACCCAAACAAUGCGGAUCUCUCAGCCAUCUAUCGAAACUCGAAAUGCACUAUCUCCAGUACCAUAUGGAACAGGGCUCUAGGCUCCUAGCUAAUCUGGAAAGUGAUGAGAAUCCUCUACGAUCCUUAAUCAUUCCCUAUGCGUUAUCAUCACCACUCUUGAUGAAGGCGCUAUGUGCCGUGUCCGCAAUGCACUUGGCAAAUCGCUCUUGCGGUAACUUGAGCGCGCAGACUGCAGCAGCUAAUUAUUACGUGCGCACAAUGAGUGGUCUCCGCUCGGCUCUUUCAAAGUCUCCUGUUGAAGGGUUCCCCACAGACUCAAUUUUAGCAGUGGCGCUUCUCUGCAAGUACGAAAUUGUACGGGGAAGUGUAAAGCAAUGGGCAGUGCACCUGAGCGCACUGGAGAAACUAGUGGUUUCUCGCGGCGGAUUUUCCACGUUCGAUCAAGACACAGCUGAGUUUCUGUGGGGACUUUUCAUGUAUGCGCACAACGUGGCGAGGGUCACUAACCGUAAACAAAUCACGAACUACAUCCCCGGUGAAGAAGCUUUAAGCCUCAGAAAACUCGACAUAUACAUCGGAUACACAGAAGACAUCAUCAGACUCUGCCCCCGAAUUGCCGACCUACCCUUACUUAGUCACGAUCCCGUUGCUCUAGGAUUGGAAAUCCACACAAUAGACUCAUCACUCCGAAACUGGACACACACCUCAACCCCAUACAUAAUCCCCAGAGGAGCCACAGACGCAAGUCUUGUCCGCCUGCGCAUGGUAGCAGAGUGUUUCCGCGACGCCGCGUAUGUUUACCUCCAUUCGACCCUAGAACGAAUGAGCCAGGGCACCGUAGCUCGAAAUUUACCAUCAUUGUGGUCUUCAUUCGUCUCCCGGACAAAACAAGUCGCUUUACGUCGUUGUCUGGACAGAAUCCAGUCUUUACCUCUGGAUGAAAACUGCGAGUAUUCGGCCCUUACGUUUCCGCUUUUCAUCGCGGGCUGUGAGAGCGAGAGCCCUACGGCAAGGGAGCUGGUUACCCAGUCGUUGAGCAAAUUAGAAAGUAAUUUUGGGAUCGGGAAUACGAAGCGGGCUAAGGAGUUAUUAAAUAUCCUCUGGAAUGGGGAAAAGAUGCAUUGGUUGGAUGUAUUGGAGCAAUUGAAGUGGGACUUGAUUCUUGCGUGAGGUUUGUUCAACCAAAAUAUCAUUCGAUGUAAUAUUAGCAUGGAGUUACAGGACAUUUUAUAUAAUCGGUAUACUGUGUGGGCAUUUGGGUCUAUGGGCAGAUUAAGUAUUUAUGAGCGGAUAUAGGCGGGUUAAUUAUUCAUUGGCAUACUCUCUUGUUGCUUCUUUAGCCGUGGUCAAUUUUUUGGGGCUAUAUAAAAAUUAAUAUAUGGAAUGAAAGGGUAUAAACAUGAAUUGGUUUGUGUGACCGAUGAAGAGACACGGGCGAAAGCCAAUGUCGAUAUACCCUGUCAAAGACCACUAGCCUGCUCAACGACUCGCGACAUCCUUCUCAAUUACCUAACUUAAUCCCAUAUUGACUUCGUCACCUAAUCCCAUCUCCCGUUCUGCCCUCUCAAUGCCUCCUGCAGCGCGUGAACCCCAGCGAUCCAAGCGAUCUUGCGAGUGUGCAAUCUCCUUGUCUCGUGCGCUCUUAUCGCUAUGGGCUGCACUGCCAUG